UGUGUGUCCAGUCUGUGUGCGUGUCUCUCUCUGUCUCUGUGUGUGUGUGGUGUUAACCGCACGCUGCUCUGCUCUCAGUACGACGCAGUGAGGAUCACGCAGCUGUAUGAACAGGCCCGCUGGGCCAUUCUGCUGGAGGAGAUCGACUGCACCGAGGAGGAGAUGAUGCUGUUCGCCGCCCUGCAGUACCACGUGAACAAGCUGUCCCAGACGGAGCCCAGCCUCGGCGCCACCUCGCCGGCCAUGGACGACCUGGACUCCGCCCUGCAGUCCCUGGAGGUCAAGAUGGAGGGAGAGACCACCAGCAUCGACAUGCUGGAGAGCAUGAUGGCUGUGCCGGAGCUCAAGGCCUACCUGAAGAUCUUCCGGCCCAAGCGUCUGACCCUGAAGGGCUACAAGCAGUACUGGUUCGUGUUCAAGGACACCAGCAUCUCCUACUACAAGAGCCAGGAGGAGGGAUUCGGGGAGCCCAUCCAGCAGAUGAACCUCAAAGGGUGUGAGGUGGCCCCUGAUGUCAACGUGGCUGGACAGAAGUUCUGUAUCAAGCUGCUGAUCCCAGCACCUGAGGGCAUGAACGAGGUCUACCUGCGCUGUGAGAAUGAGAAGCAGUACUCCCAGUGGAUGGGUGCCUGUCGACUGGCCUCCAAGGGCAAGACUAUGGCGGACAGCACCUAUGCCAGCGAGGUGGCCAACAUCCAGGCCUUCCUGGCCAUGCAGCGCUCGAACCCGGGGCCACAGCCCUCCGCCACUGAUGAGACCAUCAACACCCAGAGCCUGGUCUCCCCGCGGUACCAGAAGAAAUACAAGGCCAAGCAGUUAACCCCUCGCAUUCUGGAGGCUCACCAGAACGUGGCCCAGCUGUCUCUGCUGGAAGCCACCAUGAAGUUCAUCCAGAUCUGGCAGUCACUGCCCGACUUUGGCGUGUCGUACUUCGUGGUGAGGUUUAAGGGGUGUCGUAAAGACGAGGUGCUGGGCAUCGCCAACAACCGGCUGAUCCGCAUCGACCUGGCUGUGGGCGACGUGGUGAAGACCUGGCGCUACAACAACAUGCGCCAGUGGAACGUCAACUGGGACAUCCGGCAGGUGGCGAUAGAGUUCGAGGGCAACAUCAACGUGGCGUUCAGCUGUGUGACGGCGGACUGCAAGAUCGUGCACGAGUACAUCGGCGGCUACAUCUUCAUGUCCACACGGACCAAGGAGCAGAGCGACUCCCUGAACGAGGAGCUGUUCCACAAGCUGACUGGGGGACACGAGGCCCUCUGA